AUGGCUAAAAACAGCUCACUGGUUGGUGGUGAAUCUUUAAUGCGAAGCAUUAAUUACAGAGUAAUUUUAGUUCAGAUUUUGGUAGCAGUUUUCCUUUGCAUCAACUUUCUGCUGAUCACAACCUUUUUUAUGAAGGAUUUCUUCUAUAAAACCAUGCGCUACAUCUUAUUUGCUAAUACAUUACUGUCUGAUUGUCUUAUCUUGAUUAUAUCAAAUAUCCUGCUCAUCUUUGACUAUUUUCGUGCAACCAUGCAAAUCUGGUUAUGUCUCAUUUUCUACAUUUUGUCAUCUGUGUACAUUCUAGUCACAUCGUUUACUCUGAUGGCAAUGACCCUGGAGCGCUACGUGGCCAUUUGCUUGCCCCUGCGGCAUGUAGAGCUAUGCUCCACACACAGAGUUCUGCCCUGCAUCCUCAUCAUUCACAGCCUCAGCGCUAUACCCUGUAUUGUGGAUCUCUCUAUCUUCUUUGCAUCAGCCACACUUAACUUCCAUAAACAAUACAGGGUAUGCUCUGUGGAGGUGUUCACGUUUCAACGCUGGCAGGGUCAUCUUAGGUCAUCUAUAAAUCAGUUCUACUUCUUUAUCAUGUUUGUAACCAUUGUGUUCUCUUAUUUUAAAAUAAUGAAAGUGGCCAAAGCUGCAUCAGGAGAGAAUAGAAAGUCAACAUGGAAAGGGCUCAGGACAGUUAUUCUUCAUGCUUUCCAGCUGCUCCUCUGUCUCAUCCAGCUGUGGUGCCCUUUCAUAGAAGCUGCAGUACUUCAGAUUGAUUUCAUGUUAUACAUUAAUGUCAGAUACUUUACCUACAUAACUUUUUAUCUUGCUCCCAGAUGUCUUAGUCCUCUCAUUUAUGGCCUCAGAGAUGACAAGUUUUUUCUUGCACUGAAAUACUAUGCUCUCUGUGGCUUGUACAAGAAAUACUCUUUUCAUUUGACAAAUUAGAACCUUAUUCCUUGUAUAAAA